UCUAAAUAAAAAUGCAUACAAGCAAUGCGAAUAACGAAAUUUGUCGAUUAUGUUUAAAAAUAAUAGAAAAUACAAUACCAAUAUUUUCAAAAGACUCAAAAAUAUGCGAUGCAAUUAUGCGUUGCACUUUAGUUCAGGUUUCGGAGCACGAUGAGUAUCCACAAGUGAUUUGUCCCGAGUGUGAUAAACGUUUACAAGAUGCUUUUGAAUUCAAAUUAAUGUGUGAAAAGUCUGAUGAGAUACUGAGAACCAAAAAAGCAACUAAUGAGUCUUUAUUAUCUUUAAUAAAAGAAGAACAAAGUGCAUUUGAUGCUGAAAUAUAUGCUAAAUCUGAGCCUGAAGAUAUUUGCUAUGAUGACAAUGAUGAUGAACAGUUGAAUGAUUCAGUUCGGAGCGAUAAUGUACAAUAUAAAAGGAAAGUUAGAAGCAGAUCGGGAAAAGGGAGUUAUAAAAAGAAAACUAAACACAAAUGUGGCUAUUGCAGUGUAGAGACCAAGACAACAGAGGAUUUAAAUAAGCAUAAACUGACACAUUUGCCCCCGUAUAUAUGUAGAUUUUGUAAAAAAGAAUUUUCCUCUAUAAACUUCUUAAUAAAUCAUGAAAAAACACAUGCAAGUGAUGAUCCAGAAUUACAAUGCAAGAUUUGUAAUAAAAAGUUUGUAACACGUGCAAGAUUGUCUGUACACAUGGAUAUACAUACUGGUGCUAAUAUUGUUGAAUGUGAUAUUUGUUUUAAGAAAAUUUCAAACAAGAAUUUAAAACGUCAUAUGUUAAUUCAUUCUGGAGAUAAACCCUAUCCUUGCACAAUAUGUGACAGUGCUUUCACACGUUCAGCAUUUUUAAUGGUUCAUAUGGACAAACACCGUGACCCCAACGAUCCCCAUAAAUGUCCUUUAUGUAAUUACACUACCCCAAAAAUUAACAGUUUGUGGAAACACAAAGCUUUAUGCAAUCCGUUGUCUAAAAAAUUAAAACAUGGUUCACCAGGAAACGGUACAAAAAAGACAAGUACUCAAAAACUACAACAAUUUCUUUGCAACUACUGUGGCAAAGUGUUUUCAACAAAAACUGGUUUAUCAGUUCAUGAAUUAAUGCAUACUGAUGAAAAGCCACAUAUUUGCAAAAUUUGUAAUAAAGGAUUCAGAUUGAAAAUUGCUUUGAUUAGACAUGAGAGAAUACAUUCAGGCGAAAAGCCUUAUCAAUGCAAGGUUUGUCAAAAGAGUUUUAACCAAGAUACACAUCUGAGAAAGCACAUGGUGCUUCAUACUGGGAUCAAGAAGUUUUCUUGUAAUUUGUGUAAUAAGGCUUUCGCACAUAAAGAUGCUCUUCAGUAUCACACAAUGACACACACUGGCGAAAAGCCAUAUUUAUGUUCUAUUUGUAAUAAAGGCUUCUAUAUUAGAUUUUACUGGAAAUCCGGCUCGAAGGACCAAUGUUUUUUUGUAUUUGAUUUUACUGGAUAUCAAAUCCGGCUCGAAGGACCAAUGCUUUCUGUAUUAGAUUUUACUGGAUGUCGAAUCCGGCUCGAAGGACCAAUGUUUACAGUAUUAGAUUUUACUGAAUGUCAAAUCCGGCUCGUCUGGACCAAUGUUUUUUUGGUGUUUGAUUAA